UGCGCUACGGGACGCAGGGUUCCGACCGAGAGCUGCAGGAUCCCACGGCGUCGUGCGCAAGAGGCUCGCGUCCCACGCCUCUUCGCUGUUCCCUCCCUUUCGGCCGGACUCGCGGCUUCGGCCGCCCGUGGCAGCUCUCCAUCUGAAUUCGUCACAAAACCGACUGCGCUCGAAGGGGUCGCAACUUGUUGAGGGGAGCCUCCGGCGGGUAUUAUUCUUCGCGUCGUCUGCUUCUGACAACAACUCGCGGAGCGUCGUCCAGCGAUAUACCGCCUUUUGUCGGACACGCUCCACAGGCUGUUUCGCCUCUGCCCGCUACCAGAGCACAGUGACCUGCGAGUGACUGUGACAACAAAGGUCCAGGUCAGAGCUCUGAGAGGUCGAAAGGACGCUGACAGCGGCUGCCAAGACAAAAAUAUAACCACCGUACGAGAAGAAGCGCUUCUGCUGCACUUGAAGACGCCGAGAGAUCAAGACGCACAUCUCUUCCGCUUUUUCUUUUUAUCUUAUCUUGUCCUGGAGGCGACUCGUCUUCUUCUUGCCAGGGAAAGGGUGACAACGCUUCCGGCUAGCGAGGAAGGAUCCUCGAACAAUUUCUCUCACUGCAGUUUUCCUUCAACGGAAGAAAGAAAAAAAAAACAGAGCUUUUAAAGUCUGAUCGAAGGGCAGAAGCGGGACUCGGUAGGCCACUGCGCUUCUUAAGUGGCGUGCCCUUCGAAGGCGCCACGCUUUCCGGCGUCCAAGGAAAACCCCCGACGUCGACUGACAAGCGCCGUCGUUAGAGCCGCCGACGCACCACAUCUCGCGCAUUGCAAUCGUCGGCGUGCCAAAAGCUAGAAGAGCGAAAGGUGUCCAAGCUUUUUGCGGCGGUGGAGAGUGACGGUGAUUGCCUGUAUCGAUCAGAACUUUUCCAUCGUGCGGAAAUCGUGAGCGUAGCCGGCUGGGACCUUCGCGCCACAAGAGACUGGUGAUCUGCCCGAAAUCACAGAGCAGACUGGACCGAGAAAUUUCGCCCGGCGUCGGCGGUGUCUGUCGGGGAAGCAGCUGAGAUCGACCACAUGGCGCCCUGGCGGUCAUUGCACCGUGCCCUGCUUCUGUUGUUCGUCCUGUGGACUGCAGUGGACGCCUACCACAUUCGGGCGUUCGGCAGCAAAGGCGAGUCCAGGAAAAGCUCCAGACGUCACACGGAAUCCUGGUACAUGCCUCGAGAUGCGCCUACAGACUUUGAGGAAGAGACGACUGACGCCGAGGGCGACGAGGAGGACGUGCGCGAGGGCUGCCCGCAGAACCGGGAGGAAGCGGCCGCGCUGGGCCGCCGCUGCCUGCGCAAGUGCAAGACCGACGAGGACUGCAUCAGCUCCAAGAAGAAGUGCCUCUGCGACGGACGCUGCGGCUGGAGUUGCGUCAGGCCAGAUUUAAACUGCGACGAGCUAGAGCCCCUGGAGAACGGCCAGUUCCGGGUGAGCGGCGACUACUUCGGGGCGCGCGUCUACUACGAGUGCGCCGAGAAUUUCUGGAUGUCCGGCCCCAAGGAGCGCAUGUGCCAGGGAGACGGUCGCUGGAGCGGCCGAGCGCCCGAGUGCAAGAAGCAACCAUCGUGCAGCAGCCCGCCGGGCGUGCCACACUCGCGCACCAACGCGAGCGACGGCGCCCGAGAUUUCGUGAUCAACUCGACCGUGCGCUACACCUGCUUUCCGGGCUACGACGCCAAGGGCUUCGACGUGGCCAAGUGCAUCUUCUACAAUGGCUCCGCCCAGUGGUUCGGCCCGGACCUCAAGUGCGAGCCCAAGAGCUGCGGCCCUCCAGGUGAGGUGGAGCAUGGGCGCCGCAUGGGCGCCAUGACGCGCUUCACCAGUUCGGUCAAGUACGAGUGCCACGAGGGAUACGAGCUGUUUGGCCGGGCGCACCGCUACUGCCAGUCCUCCGGCCAGUGGAGCGGCACACUGCCCGAAUGCAGGCCGGUGCAAUGCGACAAGCCCGAGGACCCGCUGAACGGCCGGGCCAUCUACGACCAGCUGCUGUUCAACUCGGUGGUGCGCUACGAGUGCCACCACGGAUUUCGCUUGAAGGGACCUUCCACGGCGCGCUGCAACUCGCAGCGGCAAUGGGAGGGCGCACCCACGCACUGCGUUGAGAUCGACUGUGGCCACCCUGGUCAUCUGCACAACGGUUACGUGGAGUUUCGCUCGUCGACGCUCAAUGCCAAGGCUACGUACAACUGCUUCGACGGCAUGAAGUUCCAGGGCGAGUCCAACACCAGCAUCUGUCUCGACACCGGCAACUGGUCCAACCCGCUGCCCAAGUGCCUCGCGCCAUGCAAGAUUCCAACGCUGGAACACGCAUACGUGAAUCUAUCGACGCCUGAAUCCCGGCUGGAGCACGGGCGCCGGCUCAGCGUCAGCUGCCACGAGCACUACGAGCUGGCUUAUAAUUCCACGCCGCCACGGUGCAACAACGGAUCGUGGACGCAUCUACCAAUCUGCGCUCCAGCCCGAUGCAAGAGCCUUCCCGAGCGGCCUGCGCAUGGCUUCGUGAUCGCGCCCAAGACGGACCACGGCAUGCGAGCACUGUUCCGCUGUACCGACGGAUACCAGCUGGUGGGGCCCAACGUCACCGUCUGCCAGUUCGGGAAUUGGACACACGAAGCUGUGCCCUUGUGCCGAGAGAUCUACUGCCCCUUCCCGGGCUCGAUCGAGCACGGCCGCGUGCUACUGGUGGGCAACAUGGGAAUGUACGACUACCGGCCGUACGUGCGGCGCGUGAGCAACAACCGGCAGAUCAUGUUCGAGUGCCGCCGGGGCUACACCAUCCUGCACGGGCCCCCCGGAGCCACCUGCGUGGACGGCCGCUGGAGUCCGUCGGAGCUCCCGCGCUGCGUGCGCGGCUCGCACCCACACGUGCGCCAGAUCCGCAGCGCCAGGCGCCGCCGCCGCCGCCGCCUGGCCGCGAGGACGCGACGCGACGCCCACACACGUCGCCGGCGGUGGCGCCGCACGGGGGGUCCGUGCAGGCUGGCGCCAGACGCGCUUGCGGGCCCAGGCCAACGGGGCCGCAGCGAUGAUGGGGAGACGCGCAGCGCCCGUCCAGAAGGCGGCCGUCGCGGCAGGGAGCUCUGCGGCGCGGGCAACGCCACAGCCAGGUGCGUGCAGGCCGGAUGGCAGCCCUCCCGGGAGGAGAGACGCCUCUGCCGCCCACGGCCUCGCCGCCGCGCCCCCACGUGCAGUCUGCCCGAGGUGCCGAACGGCUCGUUCCGGGAGCUGACGACGGAGCGGCCUCUGGAUCCGGCGGAGCUCAUCGGCCACGGCACCCUGGUGGAGCUGGUGUGCGGCCGGGGCUUCCAGGUUCAGGGGCAGCCGGAGCUGCGCUGCUGGCAGGGACAGUGGACGCCCGGCCUGCUCCCAGAGUGUUUGCCCGAGCCGUGCGAGCUGCCAGCGCUGCGGGGCGGCCGCUACCUGGGCGGCUACCGGGCGGGCCUCACCAUAUCGCCGGGCUCGUCGGUCGAGUACGCCUGCGACGAACCGCACCUUCGCCAAUGGCCGCCGUCACCGCUGCGCUGCCGCAUGGGCCGACUGCAGCCGGCGCCGCCGACUUGCCUACCGCCGCCGCAGACGCCCUCGGCACCCGUCUCCGGCCUCGGAGCAGCACCCGAGGAGGCGCCGCAGCCGGAGUCGGCGCCCGCGGCGGUGGUGGUGGAGGAGGCUCAGGGGUCGACAGCGUCCCCGGGGCCCCCCGGUGGAGGUGACGCCGUCCCGCGUCGAGCAACGUCACCGCCGCCUUCGGACCGGCCCUGCAGCGCCCCGGAGCGACUGCACAAUGCGCUCGCCUUCCGGUCCUCGUCGCCGUCCAGGUCCGAGGAGGACGGCGGGGAGGACUCCAGGGGCCUGCUGCAGUUCCCGCAUGGCACCGAAGUGGUCUUCCGCUGCAUCGACAGCGCCGGCGGCGGCGAGAGGAGCACCUGGAAGCUCCUGUGUGAGGACGGCAGCUGGCUGGGCCGCCCCGAGAAGUGCGAGGACGGAGCCCAGCAGCUGUCGGUGCCCAAGGGAGAGCGGCGCAAUCGGUCCUGCGUGUUCCGCAACACGGAACCCAAUCUAGAGGCCUUCCAGGGCGACCGACGCAUCACGGACGACACGCUCCACUUUCCGCCGGGCUCCGAGCUCGUCUUCCGCUGCAAGGACAUCGGCAAGUACAGCCUGGUGGGCAGCGUGCGCCGACGCUGCGUGUACGGCGACUGGGACGGCGUCAAGCCCUCCUGCUUCGGACUCUCCCAGGAGAACGACUACGCGCUGGAGAAGCCUCCGACGAUCCUCUUCCGGCCGCACGUGAUGCCGGUAGCGCAGAGCAAUGACGGCAAGCUGGUCGUGUACCCGGGGGCUAUCCUGCACUUGGAGUGCCUCUGGCUGCGCAAGUACGGCACGCCCAAGUGGGAGGUCAGCCACAAGUCCCGCAAGUACGCCGAAGGCUGGACCACGGAACCUGGCAGGGACUCCCAACUAGAGUACCGGCUUUCCAUCUACCACGCCAAGAAGGACGACUCCGGCCGGUACACCUGCAUCACGCCCAUGGGUCACAAACACUCCGUCGACAUCGUCGUUUCCCCGGUGCACUGUCGUCCAAUGCCGAGCGUGAGCGGGCUGUCGGUGAGCACGGCGACGACGCGCAUGGGCACCAAGGUGGUCUUCUCGUGCGACGAGGGCCAGCGGCUACGCGGCAGCCAGCAGGCCAUGUGCCUGCCUUCGGGAAACUGGUCAGCACCACCGCCCGUCUGCCAAGUGGCCGAAUGUCACGACAUCACCGGUGCCUCGGAUGGCCUCGUCGUGGUAAAGGCCGAGCAGCGGGCAGUCGGCUCCCGGGCGCACUUUUCCUGUCCUUUGGGCUACGCCCUGCGGGGACAGGCGUCCGUGGAGUGCCUCGACACAGGCCAGUGGUCCGGCUCACUGCCGCGCUGUGAAGAGGUGGUGUGUUCGGCGUUGCCGGCGCCCGAAAACGGCUACGUGGAGAGCGAGCAUGGGCCACAGUACCGCGGCGGUCAGCAAAUGCAGUUCGCCUGCCGGCCAGACCACAUGAUGCUCGGCGCGGGCGUGCUCGAGUGCCUGGACAACGACCGCUGGAGCGGCAUCGUCCCCAAAUGCGUGCCGGCGUGCCAGUACCCGAGCGUGCGCGACGGGGCGCGCAUCUCGUCGCGCGUGAGCUACUUCUACCGCAUCAACGAGACGGUGUCGUUCGAGUGUCCCGAGGGCUUCCAGCUACGCGGGAGUCCCAUGAUCCAGUGCGUGGCCAAGGGCCGCUGGUCGGCCGCCGUGCCCCGGUGCCAGCCGUUCGCCCCGUCGACGUCCUCCUCGCACGAGCGGAGGCUCAGGAGGCACCACCGGCGCUGGCAGCUCGCCACGCCCGUCGCGGCUCACUGGCGCCAGUGACCGGGCUAAGCUGCACGUGCCGAGCUCCGAUCGCGUCGAGCCCGCUAGCAGAGGGCGCUCGGAGUGCAGCGGUCGCAUACUGAGCAACUAGAUUGUUCACGGUGGCCGAUUAAAAGCACAGGUGGCUCGUGUCUGGCCCAGUUGCACCUGGUGUCGUCAUCAGCCGCCAUAGGUCUCCCGCCGGUCCUUGCGCAGUCUGUACGGCUGACCGCAUACGCUUUCGGAACAUGGAUUCCACGUGAUGCAUUUUCUCGCAGCCUGUAAACAUGCGGCUAGCAAUGGAUGGGUGAAUAUGCAUCUGUCUGUGGGACUCGCACAGCGCGCUAAGCUGCUCGUCAGGCUGUUAGGAGGGAAAAAAUUAUCUUGGAUUCUUUGUCACGACAUCUUUUACGCUCACCUGUACAGUCGCGACACUGCGAUAUUUCUUGUUCUCCCUCACUAUGCCUUUUUUAUCCCUCCUUAAUUUUCACAUUAAUUUUAGUCGAGCUCACCAAAACGCAACCUACCUCGGUUCGUUCUGUUCGUUUGCCGCCACUAUAGAGAAGGUGCGCUGUGUCCGUUGGAAUUGGCUUUAGCUUGGCCGAGAAAGUGGGAUCCUGACGAAGCGCGACUCUUUCACAUGAACAGUACCCCCGAUUCUGGUUCGGGCUUGCGCAAUCAAGAAACGACGUGACGUUCGCGGGUUGACUCUUGCUGAGCUCGACAGGUUCCUAGUUGAGUGAUGCGGUAUAGGGCUCUCUGCCUCCGACGCCCUCUGCUUUGCUCGCCGCUACAAGAUCAGACGUAGGCCGCGGCGUGAACACCGGCGCACUGAGCACAGCUUAUACUUUCUCCAUUAAGACAUGGAAGUGAAAAUGUUCGUAAGUUGUACUUGUAGCUUCUUGGAGCGGUGGUGGCAAAAAGACUGCUCGAGGUAAAUGAUUUCAAUGGAAGCCUCCCCUUGUCAUGGCGCAACUUUCACGAGCCCCCAUGUGAUCGUCGACACACCAUUGGGACGAUCUCGUUGAGUAAUUGAAGUAAGCGCUGCGUCAUGGUAACUCCUUCACAAAAGACGAAUUUACUCGUGUACUCAAAACAUAGUUGAUUACCUGCAUCCUAUUGAGUUACUGCAUUUGUUGUUGUUUUUCAGGCAUAACCUUCAAGGUUAAAGAAAAUUAAUUCAAGUUAUGAAAUGUAUCGAAUACUGUGCCGGCGCAGUGGUCCAAGUGUGUACUUUUGCAGGCGGCAAUUAAAGAGACAACGCCUUACUAUUUUUCAUAUAACUUUUGUUCAUCAAAUUCAUAAAAAGAUUGUUCGUUUAAGGAGGGGUAUGCACAUGGCACGCAUACGCACCAUGUACAAAUCCCGAAACUGUAAUGACAUAGCUGAUUGCUUCCCCCCCCCCCUUUGAAAACUCAAAAUUAAACGACGGAACACUGUGCUCAGCCGGCUGCGUUGGAAUGACAAAUACUCGGCGCAGUGCUUCAGUGAAUCUCCGGCGGCGCCCAGAACUGCGAAGCAAGAGGGCACCGAUCGGCCCGGCGGACGUGUGGUGCGUACGGUGGGACUACUUUCUAAUGUGCGCCUCCAUCUAGUGGACUCCGUGAUGCGCGCGUCGCCCGAAGUGCCGUUAUGAACGCUCUCGUUCUCGAGCAAGAUGAGACAGAGCCAAAAAAGCAUGAAAAAAUGAAAUAGAACUGUUCACGUCUUCCACAUUGACAGUGCACGCAGCUGCAUACGGUUGUUUUGCAAGGAGCGGAAGUUUUUGUCAAUGAGUUGACGUCCCUUAUGUCUUUUACCCGAGUUGCAAGAGCACAAAUGUUUCACGCCGUUAAAACAAUAGGGCUUGAAGGUUUAGUAUCCUCGUCGUCCCUUCUUGGCAAAAUAGCAAAGUUGCAAGGCGCAAUAUUUAAAGCAAAUUCUGUGCUGCGUGUGUUUCUAUGCUGCAUUGACUGGAAACUAGAAGCGCCGCUUGCUGCUCGAACGAGUUCGCUACUGGAUCUGCUGAAGUGCUCGUUUAGAAGCGUUAUGCAGAGCACCAUACACGGUUUUGCGUUCUACGCAGUACUCACUGCGGUUUUCACUCUGGCAUGGGGUAAUUGUUCUUGCAGCUCGGAAAAAAAACGUGUAGUGCUUCGAACCUAUAUACAUACUUAGUAGCUGCGGGACUGUACCCUGCCGCCGUGCGCCAGCUACAAAAAAAAAUACAAUAAUAAUAAAGCUAUGUCUGCUACUCCGCGAAGCAUUACUCCUGUAGCUCUACUCCUGUUCUUGCGUAUAGACCUAAGCGUAAACUUGACAAUGUAUACUUAUAGAAUCGUGAAAGUGGCAUCCUAGGUAUACGUAUCCAAAAAUGAGGAAAUCAUUUCCCAUUCUUGAUAUGCCACUCAUUGUGGAUAUGUGUCAUGUGAGUGAACAAUGUGAAAUGUUCGAGUGACAGUUGUGUACGCUACUUAUUGAGCGUGUUCGCGGUAGUUCUAUGUUCAGGUGAGGCGUUAGCUGCCGACUACGUCUUGUCAAAGUCAGUCACCUAACUGGCCUGAAACAUCACCGUCGCGGAAACAGCGCAAAUAUUUCAGUGAUAAUGCAGUCAAAAAGCAAACAUCUCUCUCUCUCUCUCUCCUUUUGAAUGUGCAUUCCCCGAGUCGGACAUCUUGCUACAGCUCACGUGUAGCUGCGACCAGAUUUUGCGGCGGUAGCAAAGGUUCGGGCAUAAGAUGUCCAAGCGAUUGGGUGGGAACAGCGCAGUGCUUUUGGAUGCAGCGGCUGCAGGUUACACACGUUACGCUGCCUUAGCAGCAGCUUUGCUUUGCAGGAAAAUGCCGUGAACAUAAUAUCGCACGUCGCGCCUCUUCAGAACCACGUCGCAGACCUACGUGGGACGUGCUUCUUGUCGCUGGACCAUCAAGAUGCUAAAUGAACACUGAUAACGUCGGUGCGACGUAACCCAAUCCGGUAACCGCAGAGUGCUACGACGUUUCCCGUACAGCACAUUCAACUUGAUUGUCGGCUAAAGGCACCUUUGACUGCGGAUUACGAUCGUAUUUGCUGCAAAAUAAAGAGCCCAUUUCAUCGUGUAUAUAGAGAGAGAUAGGACAGGCUCGCUUUUCCCGCUCGUGCCGGCGAUGCGACUAGCUGGCGACGUACAUUGCAUGAAAGACGAUCUUUUCUGCAGCCUAUCGACCCAAGUCAGCGCUUGCUCGCUCUUGAAUCCAUACAACGUCUGUCUGUAAGAUCACUUCAAUUAACGUCCCUCGUUGUGUUGCCAGCACUAAUCCCCACUCUGUUUAUUGUCAAACGUCCGACUUGCACCAUGUCAUUAAAUAUGCUCGUUCCUUUUAUUUUUCAUCAAUAUGCCCGCUAUCCUCAGCAACUCCGUUGCGGUUGUUUGACUGGCCUAUAUGCUGUUCAUAUAUUAUUUAGUGCUCUAGGCGAUCACCGGGAUCAGCGUGUCUGAACUGAACAGUGUCAGCACAUGAAGCGGGCUCACAUAAGGCUAGCGCAAGUUUUGAACGAUAAGUAGUUUGCAUAUUCCAAAAGAUCUACGUGCGAGAGGGCCAGUUAUAUUCUGUGCUUGGAAUAACUUGCUUUGGGCUCACAAACAAUGCUUUCGCGUGUUUGCUUGUGUGUAACGCAACGUAUAUCAGCUGGUCGAAAAAGGCAGGCAGCGAGAUUUUAGCACAGAUUGUCGUCCCUUUGUUUCCUAAGUGUUCGCUUCGUAGUAUCAGUGCCUCGCGAGUGUGUUAUUUCAUCUGUGUGGGUCUCUCGACACAAACAGCAAAGCUUGCAAGAAUUCUUUCGUAUACAAUCCUUGUAUUUCUCUCUCUGUGUGUAUGUAUGUGUGUAUGUGCUUGCUUUCUAUAUUCAAGCUAUAUAGUCUAAUAAAGCUAUUGUUCCGCUAAGGAAA